AUGAGCACAUCUACGGCACAAAUUCUGGCUGACCUUGUUGACGAUGUUAUCAGGUAUGCUGAAUACAUUCGGCAGCCUGAUGAUACCACUAAUAUUGGUGCCCGCGCUCGAGUAUUACGCUUCUUCCUCAGUUCCGCGUUGACAAAAUAUACCAUUCGUGGCGACACUGACAUUCAUUCCUCUCUCGGGCUUACGAUAGAUGGCUUCAUUAGGGACUUGGCCGCUAUCGAGGCAAUGCUAGGCGAGAGACCAACCGCUAUAGGCAAAUUGUCCAGUUCUUCACGACUAUUACCAACAGAGUGGUGGAACCACCUGAAUGUAGUUCUAAGACAGCUGCACCAGUAUGCAAAUGCCCUAGGACUAGCGAUAGGUGCCGAAAUCUCUUUGGAGGGUCAGCCCGAAAUUUGUGAAGUCGAAAUUCACGUAGCCGAUUUCGAUGAUCUAGCCAAAGGUGUGCUAGAUUCCGUAAAUCAGAUUUUCCCGUUUGACCAACAUUCUUCCACCGGUCAUGAAAGCCUUGUUGUCGAAGAAUGGGAUAUAACGAGGAAUAAUAAGCUUCGAUACAAAGACAUAGGAUUCAUACAUCGUGUGGCCGAUGACAUCGGAGUAGCCAAUCUGAAUGCCCAGCGGGAUAUUCUUGCAACCACUUCAGACAGGGAGAUUGAGACAAGGCGGUUCCCAUGUUCCCAGAGCGAUUCUGGAUUCCCUUCGACUAAAGUACGCACUGUGACAGGAGAAUUUGCUGGAAUUGAGCGCUCACUUGGGACCCCUUUGAAAGUCUUAUUAAAAAGCUACAAGGUAUUCGCCAAGGGGUAUUUGUACCCUGAGCCAAACUUCCACGUUAUACUUCAAGGAUGUCUAAGUGAUGGGAAGGAAUGGAGGAUUAUUGUUACGAAUCAUACGGCCAUAUCUCAUGAUUCGAGCCCACUGGGUAGACUCUUUGUAACGUUGGAAGGUGCAACUCUGAAGGGAGAAAGCAAUGCAGAUACCAGAGAUGACUGUAAGAUUCAUUUCGGCUUUGAUUUGCGCUACGAGGCUGAAUCUUUCGCACGCUACCUAUCGAUUGCUCAACUGCGAGCACGGAAUAUCCUCAUUCAAGAUACCGUCUGCGACGAUUUGAUGAUAUAUUAUAGGGAGUUAUAUUCGCACUCCAAUCAUGGGGCUCCAUUAAGGACAACGUUUGCGAUUCAUUCACGACCCUUUGGAAGGACAGAACGUGAAUACCGUGCAAUAGUAUUUCAAGAUGGCAACAAGCGUUAUGUCUGUUUCGAUUUUCAUACAAACAUUUUCAAUAUCGCCCGGAAAGGUCUGCUACGAUCUUUAGAAGAAAUUACCAUUUGGGUUCUUAACCACGACGAGCAUGGCAGAGCCUUUGCCUCCCAUACGAAGUGGGAGACACUUACUGGACAAAAACUGGUAACCUCGGUUGAAAGAGCCACUCAUGUCACAAGUGGACGAACUUACACAAUCAGCGACUGGCUAGAUGGAAUUGGGAAGUUGAGAAAGGUCAUGAAACGGGACAGAAGCGAUCACUACGGAAGGGUCAAGAUCGCCGUGGUUGAUUCGGGCUUGAACGAUGAAGCGUCGGGCCACUUGGACAAGAGGAAUGUCGUGUAUAAGGACUUCACCAAUAAUAGUCGCAACGACUCCUGGCAUGGGACAUGUUGCGCAAAGAUCAUCUCAGACAUUUACGAGGAAGCAAUACUCUACGUUGCAAGGAUAUUCGAAAAUGACAAUGCGGAUGAGGAAGAUGGGCCCAUUCGAAUGGCUCAGGCAAUCGAUUGGGCUAUUAGUCCACCCAACGGCGUUGACAUAAUCAAUAUCUCCGCUGGCUUCCGCCAUUACUCAAAGGAGCUGGACGAGGCAGUGACCAGAGCUAAAGCUGCUGGCACCCUUGUGGUAGCCGCUGCGGCUAACUGGCAGAAUACGGGCAGUGUUGCAUUCCCUGCACGACACAACCUCACCACCAUGUGUAUCUACUCGACAAACAUGGGGAAUCAGAGCUCGAGCUUCAAUCCUGAGCCGAGGAUGGAUACAUCGAACUUUGCUAUCCUUGGCGAAGGGUUUCAACAUCCGGACCAGAGGAGGGAUGAGCAAAUGGAUGGGACUUCAAUGGCGACCGCAGCUGCAGUAGGGCUAGCGGCCAACAUCAUAGACUUCUCCCGUCAACAGGACAACAAAUCGUAUAUUUCCAGAGCGCAGGAUGUGGGCAAGCUACCGGGUAUGCUGUCGAUCUUCAAUGCCAUAUCCAAGCCCGCUGGACCUCUUCGAUAUGUGGCCCCGCUGGAGCUGUUACCCUUGCAACAUGGAUCAAGCAGGGAAAGGGACCGGCAGAGAGUCAGAGAGAUCUUGUCGCAGGCAAUGGAAAGGGCAAACUAG